AUGUCUUUGAAGCAGGAAAUAGAAACGUGGGUUUCGGCCCUGAGCCGAUACGACAACAAUGAGUUCGAGGAAGCGUUGAAGGAAUUUGAAAAUAUUUCGGAUACGUCCAAGAUCUUGUUUAAUAUGGGUGUUAUUCAUGCGACACUGGGAGAGCACGAGAAAGCUGUCGAAUGUUACCAACGGGCAAUCCGACUCGAUCAGUAUCUUGCUGUAGCAUACUUCCAACAAGGCGUAUCGAACUUCUUACUCGGCGAUUUCGAAGAGGCAUUAGCGAACUUCAACGAUACCUUACUAUAUCUCCGAGGCAACACACAAAUUGACUACGCACAACUUGGUCUGCUGUUCAAGUUAUACUCUUGCGAAGUGCUGUUCAACAGAGGUCUCUGCUAUAUCUACCUACAACAGAAGGAUGCAGGUUUACAAGAUUUGACCUACGCAGUAAAAGAGAAGGUUGUUGAGGAUCACAAUGUCAUUGACGAGGCUAUCAGAGAAGAAGCCGAAGGCUAUACCGUGUUCUCGAUUCCCGUCGGUGUCGUGUACCGACCCAAUGAGGCUAAAGUACGAAAUUUGAAGACCAAGGACUAUCUAGGAAAGGCCCGUCUAGUUGCUGCAUCCGACAGAGCCAAUGCUUUCACGGGCUUCGCUGGAUCGGAGAUCAAGAACGCUGGAAGGGCCAGUGAGAAGGAUGACCGGCCAUCCGACAACAUCUCGUUUGCUGCUACAAAUCUGGUCAAACCUGGAAUACAGAGCAGAAGACAACAAUCGGAACCCCCUGCUAGCCGAAAUGCAUUCCCGCCGACGCCACCGCCCGAGAACGACAAGCCGGCCGCUACGAUGAGCCGUGGUGCUUCAGUCCGCAAUGGACCGAAACCAAUGCCUGCUAGGCUGAACAUCCCUGAAACGGGAAAGAGCAGCCGUUACGACAAGACGAGCUCACCCCAGAGUGAACGCAAGGGACCCUCAAGAGCUGCCUCUGAGGUUCGAUCACCACCUCAACGAAGCUACUCGAGAGCCGAGGCACCCAGAACCCGACGAUCAAGAAAUGAGGAAGAUGCGUAUCCAGAUGAUGUCUACGACAUGUAUAAUGGAGGAGGUUCACAACGGGGACAAGGUCGCCGGAAUCAACAAAGGUACAUUGAGGAGGAAGACGAACCCAGCGAAUACGACUCCUUCGAUGAAGGCGAAUUCGAGAUGGUCUCAAACAGGCGGCCAGGCACUUCGGUAGCUGGUUCCUCGCGGGGUGGAUCGAGAAGACCGGAUAUCCGCAAGGUCAGAAUCAAGGUGCACUCGGAGGAUGUCCGAUAUGUCAUGGUCAGCAUAACGGUGGAAUUCACGGAGCUAGUAGACAAGAUCCGCGAUAAGUUCGGUCUACGACGACGAUUCAAGCUCAAGGUGCGAGAUGAGGAUUCGCCACAAUCAUCGGAUAUGAUCACGAUGGGCGACCAGGAUGACCUCGACAUGGUCAUGAUGAGCGUGAAAUCAAUGGCGCGGAAACAGAGACAGGAUAUUGGUAAACUGGAGAUAUGGGUCCAAGAGAUCUAG